AGCGCGUAUGUUGCCGGUAAGGUAAUGCUGUGAUGCGGGAGUGACAAAACUGAAGUGAGUGCAUGGAUUUCUCAACUAGAGAUUUCGAGACUCCCACUGGGAGUAAAUUCAAGUCUCACGUGUGGAAACAUUUCUGUUUCCCAGUCUAUUAUGAGGAUGGCCAACGAAAAGUGAGUCGAGAAAAGACAAUGUGUCAUAUUUGCAAGACAUUGGUUGGAUAUAGUGGGAAUACGACAAACAUGCAAGUCCACCUCACUAGACAUCACCCGACUGUCAAGAUUGAUUCUGAAAGGAAACCACUCAAGAGAACACUUGAACAGAGAACGUUGGGCUCCUUUUCACAUUAUGCUUUCAAUUCCGAACGUCACAAGCUCAUCACACGACAAAUUGCGAUGUUUAUUGCCAUAGAUCUGAGACCAUUUUCAACAGUGGAGAAUGAUUCUUUCGUUGAACUGUUAAGAGUUCUAGAACCAAAAUACAAUGUGCCAGGGAGGACAUAUUUUACUGGAAAGGUUGUUCCUGAACUGUACAAGGAAUGCAAGAUGGAAGUGGAGAAUGGUCUGAGAAAAGCAACAGCUGUUGCUAUAACAACAGAUGGGUGGACGUCAAGGGCCACAGAGAGCUACAUAACUGUCACAUGUCACUACAUUUCAGGUGACUGGAAGUUAGUCAACAAUGUUCUGCAAACCAAUGCCAUUUAUGAAUCUCACACUGGAGCCAAUGUUGGAGAGAUUCUGUCUGAUGCAGUAAAGGAAUGGAAACUGGAGAGAUCUGAACCUGUUGUUUGUGUAACAGAUAAUGCUGCCAACAUGACAGUCGCUGUAAAAGAGGCCGGGUUAAAACAUGUGAAAUGUUUUGCUCACACAAUCAAUCUUGCAUCCCAAAAAGGUCUCAAAGUCGACACAGUGUGUAGAGUUCUGUCAAAAGUCAGGCGAAUUGUCGGCUUCUUCCACCGUAGUUCUACUGCCACUGCCCUGCUGAGAGAAAAACAAAAAAUGUUGCAACUGCCAGAGCAUAAGUUGAUCCAAGAUGUCUGCACGAGGUGGAACAGCAGUUUUGAUAUGAUUGAUAGGUUCAUUGAACAACAACCUGCUAUCCUUGCUGUCCUGAUGUCAAAACAGGUCCGAAAGACUGAAAAGGAUCUUGGUUUGUCAGACACUGAGCUAUGCAAUGCUGAAGACCUUGUGGGAAUCCUCAAGCCCAUGAAAACUAUUACCACUAUCCUGUGUGAUGAGAAACACCCAACUAUAUCCCUGAUAUUCCCACUGAAGGAGAAAAUCCUCAACAUGACACAAGCAGCAGAGACUGACUCAGCUUUCAUACGCAGUGUCAAGACUGCAAUAUCAGAAGAUAUAUCCAAGCGAUACAUUGAUGGGCAAGAUCUGCUGCUUCAAGCGUCAGCUAUGGAUCCAAGGUUCCGUUCUCUGCCUCAUGUUGAUGAUGCCAGACGACUUGCUGUAUUUGGUGCCAUUAUUGCAAAGACUGCAGCUCUGGCUGAUUCUGAUUCUGGCAAGGUGGAGGUGAAAACUGAAAAUGAUGAAGCCAGUGGGUCCAUGGAACCAGAGGAUGGUCUGCCCCAACUUCCUGAGGCCAGUGAUCUGAAACAAAGUGUGACACCAGAUGUGAAGGAAGAAAACACCUCUGCAAUGGAUGACCUAUUCGGUGAUGUCUUUGUCACUCAUGUGCAGACAGCUAAGUCCUCAUAUGCCAGGGUAGAGGAAGAGGUCAGCACCUACAAGGCUGAGGAUUGUAUUCCCCUCAAUUCAGACCCAUUACAGUGGUGGCAGGAAAAUGAACAGAAAUUUCCUUUGCUGUCCAAAUUAGCAAGAUGCAUUUUGUGUGUGCCAGGAACAUCUGUUCCAAGUGAGCGUGUAUUUUCAACAGCAGGCGAUAUAGUCACAGCUCAGAGAGCUACACUGAGGCCUGAAAACGUCAACAUGUUGAUUUUCCUGAAGAAAAACCUCAGGAAGUGAAGUGAUCAAUGUGAUGAAUGAUUACAAUGUGUUGUGAAUUAUGAUCCUGUUAACUGUUGCAGUACAAAAUUCAAAUAACUGUUGGUUGAUUUUGUCAAAUCUGACACUGGAGGCCUGGCUUAAGGCUGAAUGUUUCAUCAUUAAAUACUAAUGAUGAUUAUUUUUUUAUUAGUUUAUUUAUCUGCUGUGAUAACAGUUUAUCAUUUGUCACUUGUGACAAUUGUGACUUGACUGACUUGCUGGGGCAAUAUAUUCAGUGCAUUUAUUCUAUACUUGAUGUGAUGUGACAUAGGAAAAUAGAUGAAGAAUACCAAAACAGAAACAUUUGGAGAUGGUGGUUAUACUACUUUUUAAUUUUUAAAGUUAAGUUGGUUCAUGUAAAUUGUCAUGAACAUAAAGCAUAUUUAUUAUUUAACAACUGUUUUCCAUUGAGUCAAUUGACACUAAGCUGAUUGCUUAGCACUGGGAAGUAUUAUUUUUCAUUUUAUGUGUUUUUGUGACACAGUAUAAGAUCAGUGAUAUUACUUGUGACUUACUCAAAGUUUAUACUUGACAGACUUGCUGCCAGUUGCUGGUACAGAUCAUUCUUUUUUUUUAAUUUGAAACUGGAGACAACUGGAAGUGUUAUUUCCACAGUUACCAAAUUUACACUGAUAAUAUUGAUACAUUUUAUUUUAUCAUGAAUCAUGAUGAUAAUGAUGACAAGAAUACCUGUCAAGUUGGGCAUAUUAAAGGGAACCUUGUGACUUGA